UGACUUCACAGUGUACAUUUUAAAAACAUGUUGCACUUCCUUGUGCUUAGAAAAAUUCCAGUCUAACACAGAGAGAGGGAACGCCCAUGUGGAGGUAAAAAAGGUGACAAUGACAAGCGUCAGAAGGAAAAUUCAUAGCAUGAUCUGACACACAACAGCAGGGUCCUUUUGGCUUUUGGUUUUUCAACAUGAACAAGGCACGCUAUCAAGGAUCUGAGAAGCAGAAGAAGAGUGAUGAACUCCGCAUCAUUGUGGUGGGGAAGACUGGAGUGGGGAAGAGCACGGCGGGAAACAUCAUCUUGGGGAGAGAAGCGUUUGAGUCUCAACUGUCUUCUUCUUCCUGGACACUUCAAUGCAAGAGAGCUGAGGGAGAGGUAAGAGGUCGAAACGUGGCCGUCAUCGACACUCCGGGGCUGUUUGACACUAAUUUCACCCAAGAAGAAGUGUUGGAGAAGAUCGAGCGGUGUAUUUCUCUGUCUGCCCCUGGUCCUCACGCCUUCCUGCUGGUUCUGAAACUGGACAGGUUCACCCAGGAGGAGAAAGACACCGUGAGGUUGAUUCAAAGCACUUUUGGUGAGGAGGCAGCUAAAUACACACUAGUGUUGUUCACACAUGGAGACAAACUAAAGAAACUAACUAUUGAAAGCUUUGUUUCAAAGAGCGAAGAACUCAAAGAGCUCAUUCAGGUAUACUAUGGGAGAUAUCACGUCUUCAACAACCGAGAGAAAGACCAGGAACAGACUGAUCAGCUCCUGCAGAAAAUUGACAGAAUGACUCUGGAGAAUGGCGGAGGGCACUACACCGCACAGAUGUUCAGAAAAGCAAAGAAGGCCUCAAAGAAAGAGAAACGAAGACUUUCAAAGGAGCUGAAGGCAGCAGAGCAGCAGAGGAGGGACACCCUGAAGGCUGAACUUGAGAGAGAAAUUAAUUUAACAGGAGGGCCAACGAAACACAGUAAAUGUCUUCUGCAGUAGGAGCUGGAGGUGUCCCGGCUCUGUCAGUAGAUGGGGAGCUUUAGGACUGAAGGUAUUUUUAUCUGGGUCUAAAGGUCACUUUCCACAAACCUGAACACAGCCAGGGAAGCUUUGGUCUUCCCGUGGCUCCCCAGCUGCAUACACAUUUGUACGUUGGUUCAUGUGUGUAUGUCGUGUUCAAAGUGGUUCAGCCAAGAGGAUGUAGGGGAGUUGAGUGAUUUCGUACACACAGAAUGCAUCUUGAAUGUUAGGCGUUACAAUGAAUGGCAUCUUUGAAUUUUUGCAAUUGAAUUCAAAAGUUACACAACAUAAAAGUUUUAUACCAUGUGUUUGGUCAUGUUCACAGGUCUUCCUGUAUCCAUACACUACAUGGCCAAAAGACCAGAACACCACGGGCAUGACAGCAUUUUAGGGUUGUAGCUAACCAUUAUUUUCAUCAUUGAUUAAUCUACCGAAUAUUGUUUCAGUUAAUCUGUUGGUCUAAAAAAUGUCAAAUUAGCAAAACAAUUCCCAUCACAGUUUCCCAGAGCCCGUGGUGACAUCUUAAAAUGUCUUGUUUUGUCCAACCAACAGUCCAGAACCCAAAGAUAUUUAGUUUACUAUCAUAAAAGACGUUUGAGAAGCUGGAACCAGUGAAUGCGUGCGUGCCAAACAAUUGUAAAAUGCUAUAAUUUGCUGCUAAAAUGGCCUCCUCUGCCUCAACUGCUUCUGGGAAGACUGUCCACACGAUGUUGGAUGGGUUGAUCCUCCACACCAGAGGGCAAAGCAUCUCUGAAUGGAGCUGCUUUGUGCAGGCUGGCAUGUCAUGUUGAAACAGGAAAGGGAAACACAAACUGUUGGAAGAACUCUGUGUGUAUGGUACAUGUUUUAUUAUCCUGUUUAUAUGUAGGCCGAUAUUGAGUUUUAGGUACAAGACUUGAUGAAUGAUGUUAACUUGGAUAUGGGGAGUGUGUCUUGAGCUCUUCUGUGUUCAUAUUAUAUUCUGGCAAUUUUGUUGACUAGGACGUUGAUGCAUUGUUUAUGUGAAAAAGUGUUUGUGUGUUGGCUGAUUUGGAUAAAAAUGGUAAGAAUUCAUUGCAUGUAUUUGUAUAAUGUGUUGGGCAGUGUGAGUAUUCUCUGGUGUUCUUUAAGAACCUGUACAGUAUGUGUAAACUGUUAUAUUAAGAGGUUUGUGGAAUAUUUUAGUUGGACAAACUAUAUGUGUGUUAGCCCUGAGACAGAGUGCAAGACGCAGGUGUACUCUUCCUCUUGCGCAGUGCAUGCUGGGAUACGUUCCAGCCCCCGUGGCCCUGAACAGGAACGGUGGGUAUAUAGAAUGGACUGAUGGAUGGCCGGAUCGUGGAAACAGGGUAGAUUGGAGUAAAUCUGUUAAGUUGGAGCAAAUGUAUAUAUGUAUGUAUGUAAAUGCAUAUAUGUUUGUAUUUUGUAUUUUAUGUUUAACAUGGUAUUAUGUUUUAUGGCUGUGAAUGUGCUCUGUGUACAUUUGUAUAAAUAUGGAAAAUUGGUAGCAUUAGAGCACUUUCAAAAAAGAA